AUGUCAGAUGAUAAGAACGAACGCCUUCUUGGAGGGCCACCUUAUCUUUCCCAUCUUUUAACCAACCCAGACAAUCCAGUUGUUUUUAUGGACAUUUCAUUAGGAUCGCAAUAUUUAGGAAGACUCAAAAUAGAGCUUUUCGCAGAUAAGGUUCCCAAAACCUGCGAAAACUUUAGGAAGUUUUGCACAGGUGAACAUAAACAGAACAUGGUUCCGGUUGGAUAUAAAGGAACAAAAUUCUCAAAAGUUAUUAAAGACUAUAUGGUUCAGGGUGGAGAUUUUGCAAAAGGUGAUGGAACCGGAUGUAUUUCUAUAUACGGAUCAUGUUUUGACGAUGAAAAUUUCUCUGUAAAACAUGAUAAGCUAGGAAUUAUCAGCAUGAGCAACACAGGUCCUAACACUAAUGGAUGCCAAUUCUUUUUUAUAACAAAGGAGUGUGAUUGGCUGGAUGGAAAGAAUGUGGCUUUUGGAAGUCUAGUGGAUGACGAAUCGAAACUAGUUUUGCAAAAGAUGCAAAACGUAUCUGUGGGUGAAAACUAUGCCCCUAAAUUAAAUUUGUUGGUAACUGAAUGCGGUCAACUGUAA